AUGAGCAAGACAAAUCCUUUAGCUGGUUUAAUUGGUAAUUAUGGCGAUUCUGAUGAGGAUUCAGAUGAUGUGCUAAUGCGCUCUAGCUCAACAUAUAGUGUCUCAGAUAAGAAAACCCAUAAAAUUACAGCUGCUACAGGACUGGACCAGACUUCUAACAUUGCCGGUAUUCAUCCGGCUCCCGUAGCACAUUGUCCCUGGUCAGCCUGUUAUGAUGAAAGCAGUGGCUUCACUUAUUACUGGAACCAAAAAACGAAUGCUGUUACUUGGGAGGCACCUCCAGAAUAUUUGCUAGCCCUUAAGAUAGCUCAACAGCAUUUGCAUACUUCAGGAUCAACAGAAGUAUCAGCUGAGGAAUGGCAGUUGUACCAGCAGGCACUAGCAGAGAAGCAGAAUUCACAGAACAAAGUGGUAGCUAAAGCAGCAAUUACCAAGUCUUCCAAAAAGCCUGACAAACUCAGUAUUUUAGUGAAAGAUAAAAAGUCUAAGGUUAACAAAAAGAGACCUGUAAGUGAUGAUGAUGACGAAAAAAUUGAGUUAAUUACCUCCUACCACAACUCAGACUCUGAAUCGAAUGAUGAAGCAGACACUCCUGUUAUUGUUCAACCUCAACCGAAGGAAUCAAAACCCGCGAAAGUGCUAAAGAAUCCACACAAAAAAUUUAAAACCAAACCACAAGUGGUUGAGUAUGGCCCAACUAUGCCGCCAAACAUGAACUACACGGUGCCAAUUGGACCUGAACUUCCACCGAGUAUGAAAAAUGAAACAGUGCCUAAGUCCCCAGAAAACAAAAAAACAGAUACAGUAGUAGUAGAAAAAGAGGAAAAGAAACCAUCACUGUCUAAUGAUAAUGAAGAUAGCCAGGAUGAAAGUUUAUUACUUAAAAAAUUGAAGGACAAAGCUAGACUAUUAGAAAAACUUGGUGGUGAACUACCUUCAGAAUUACAACAAAUGAUUAAUGAUGAAACAACUUCAGUAACAGCCUCACCUAAAUCAACAGAUACAAACAAAUCCAAAAACCUUGACAUAGAUGAUUUGUUACAAGAAAUAGAAAAGAAAGAGUUUCCCAAAGUUAAAUCUAAAACAAACACUGUUAGUAAAGAUUCAAAAUCGGACAUAGUAAGUGCAAAUAACUCCCCAAGAAGUGAUGGCAGUAGAACGCCUCCGUUAGAAGAACUGAAAUCUCUGUUUCCGAGUAGUAAAAACAUUGCUGCACUAGCUACACCCACAUUGUUCCCCAGUGCCGUGAAUGUUGAAGAACCUUCCGAAGUUAAAACUGGAAGCCCACAACCGAAAGUACCAGAAAAAAAAGAAAACAUGUAUUUAAUGGAUGCAAAUGAACCUAUAGAAAAUGUGAACAGAAAGAAGCUGAGGAUUUGCAAUUCGGUGCUGCCAGAGAGGAAGACUGUUGAAAACAAGACAACACCUGCGUACACAACAAAAUAUUCCCAGUUUAUUGAAGGAUUCUCUACAGAGAGGACUGGCUUAGGUUUCAGUAAAGAAGUAAGUGGUGGUGAUAGUCCAAAGAACACCAUAAGUUAUGGCAAUGGGUUAACAUUCACUAAAGGAGAGAUAUUGAAUGAGGAAAAGGAAGAUGAGGACUUGAAUGAUAUGACCGACCUGAUUGAAGCCAAGUUAAAGUAUUUAAGUGAGUUGCAACCAAGUGUAGUAUCACCAGUUCAAGAGAUGUUUAUACAGCUGCAGACGUUGAUAUCCGCGCUGAGGUCGGGCGCGCUGCGCGCCGGGUACUUGUCCGCGUGGAGCCGGAGCGCCGGCACCGCGCUGGCGCGCCACGAGGCGGCCGCCGCGCCGCCCGGCUGGACCUGCGCCUUCAUGAGCGCGCGUCACAACCGUCAAGGACAACACUCGACUGCAGACAAAUGCGGCGAGGUGGUUGAAAAGCGGGGCGAGCUGCCCCCGCGCGCCGCCUCUGUCCCCGAUGGACAUGAACUCGCGCGCGUACUGUAA